AUGUCGGCCAUGCGCAUCACGUUUCUGACUAUUCUCCUGCUGGCUUCUUCGGCCUGCGGCGUGGCGGUGACUGCGAACCCCGUCCGCAAGGUGGUGACUCUGCUUCAGAAGAUGGAGGUCGCCGUGAAGGCCGAGGGCGAGAAGGAGAAGGAUCUUUUCGACAAGUUCAUGUGCUAUUGCAAGACUGGCACCGGCGACCUCACGGGCAGCAUCUCCGCGGCGGAGACCAAGAUCAGCACUCUGACGGCCGACACCGCGAGCGCGAGCAGCGCGAAGGACUCGACGGAGUCCGUGCUGGCGCAGUCGAGGACUGUACCUGGCCUCGCCCCGCCUUGGGUGCCAGGAGGGAUGUCGAAGAAGAACGCGCGGCAUGAACAUCCUGGCCGCGCCCGCGCUAGGGAGACGGGCUCAGCGCCGAUCCCAGAAUUCAGUGCGGACCUCCAAGCAUUUUUUUCAUCGCUUCGCUCAUUCUGCCGGCCCAUUUUUGCGCACCGCUGUGUCGGCUGGCUGAUUGGUCGUUGGCAGUGCGGAGCUGCAGGGUCGGCGUGUGUGCCUGUGAGACAUUGCUUUUGGCAUGUCUGGGGUUGA